AUGAAUAAUGGCAAACCCAGUGCAAGUCACUCUGAGAUGAGAGAAGCAUUGUCAUUCAUACUGGUUCCCCAGAAAAGUGAUAGGAGAGCAGUUAUUGGAGUUCCUGUCCCGGUCAACCUCGCUGAUGACGUCGCUUCCUCAACACCGACAAGCUAUAAAGAAAGUCGAAACUUUCUAGGUGGACUAGAAGUUGUACGCAGGAGAUACCAUGCUUUCAAGGUCAUUUUUGGUGACUUUAAGGCGAAGACUGGCUUCGGGGGAAUCACUGAGGAUCCUACUAUCAGAAUCCACAUCGUGCAGUAG